UCUCAGUUAGUUGUUAGCCAGCCGGUGUCUGGGAUAUACGCGAAAUUUAAUUCUUGUCGUUUUGUCUUCCACUGAUUUCACUUUAGUUUUUAGUCAAGAUAAAUAAGACGUGACUGUGUGUAUAGUAUAUGUGUGGGCCGGUUUUGACCAGUGAUUAAUUGUGUAAUGGUACGUUGCACAUUGUACAGCGCUGCAGUAUUUACAUGAGUCAGAGCUAGACUCGGUGUUCAAAGAGAAAGUGUGAAGUGUGACAUGACUGACUAGAAUAUAUACUGUUUAAUAAAACUUAUUGUACAAGGCUGCAAUUUAUUGCUCGAGACUCAGAGUCAUUAAAUCGUAACUUUAUAGAAGUGCAUACAGAUUAUCAGAAUGUGCAUACCAACCAGAAGCAUUACAUCGAAAAUGAUAUUAUUAUACAUACUGGUGCUGCAUUUAUUAUGCGAAACUUCAUCAUCAUCAGCAAGUGAAUGUCCUGUAGGAUGUACAUGUGCCGAGAGAUUAGUUCGUUGCAUGAGAUUGCAGCUAAUUGCCAUACCAGAAAUACCAACUGAUACAAAUAUUCUAGAUCUGCGCUACAAUUUCAUUCGCGAAAUACCAGCGAACACAUUUCAAGGAUUAUCACAUUUGCAUACAAUUUUUCUAAACGAAAAUCAACUGAAAUAUGUAAACAGUGGCGCUUUUCAUGGGUUACCAUCUUUAAAGUAUCUUUAUUUAGAUAAAAAUCGCAUUUCAAAUGUGUCUGCUGACGCUUUUCAAGGAUUGAAUCAUUUGGACAGUUUAUAUCUGCAGUAUAACAGCAUUUCUGAGAUAUCACCAGAAACGUUUUCGGAUUUACCACACCUGAGAAAACUAUACUUGCACAACAACAAAAUCAUUCAGUUGAAAAACGGCCUGUUCGAUAACAUGGUGUCGUUAAAACGAUUAAGAUUGGACAAUAAUGACUUUGUGUGCAACUGUAACAUACUCUGGCUACUCAAAUUAUUAACUAAGUCUACACACAUUGAAGCAGAUAUAAUCUGCAAACAUCCAGCGAAUUUAAUGGGAAAACGUCUAAUUGAAUUGAGUGAAACUGACUUAGAUUGUAAAUUGCCCAAAAUAAUUGAAGAACCGAGCAACGCAACUGUAGGCGUUGGAGAUACUGUGUCUCUGAAGUGUCGAGCGUCUGGUGAUCCAACACCAGAUAUAGUUUGGAUGCAAAAUUCAUUGAAAGUUCCUGUAGACAGUCCUAGAUAUCAUUUGCUUAAGGAUGGAACUUUGAAAAUUAAAGACGUCAACGCUGAUCUUGAGGGAUUGUAUGAAUGUAUGGCACAAAAUGUUCUCGGGGAGACAAAGUCUAGGCCAGCAAGAAUGGUGAUCGGUUAUCAGUCAAACCAGUCACCUAGAAACAAUAAUGUUAGUCGACCAGGAAAACCCAAACUAACUGUGAAACCGGCUGAUUUGACUGUUUCACAUUCUGAAAAUAUUGUUUUGCAUUGUGUUGCUAGAGCUGAUCCCACACCCACUAUAUCUUGGUAUUUCGACGACAAUCUUCUUCAGUGGACUGAUGGUAUUCGAGUACUUCCAAAUGGAACACUGACAGUAGAAAACCCCACUAUAGAUGAUGCUGGUACAUACAAAUGUGAGGCAACUAACUAUUUAGGAAAAGAUUCCGCUACUGCCGAGGUUCAUGUCAACGAAAUGCCUUAUAUAACUCUGGCACCAGAGGAUCAAACUUUAAAAAUUGGAUCAUACGUUGUGUUGGAAUGUGAAGCAACAGGCCAACCGACACCAACAAUAACGUGGAAAUUAAAUAAUCAACUUCUAGAUACCUCAAAUAGAAUGUUUUUCGGAAAUCAGAAUACCGAAUUGCAUAUAGAUCAUGUUAAGGAAAGCGACGAAGGUACUUAUGUUUGUGUUGCUGGAAACUCCAUCGGUUCAACAGAAGCAGAGGCAACCAUAACCGUUCAAAAAGACGUUGGGCCACCCACUCUUAUUUUCGAACCAUACGAUAUUGAAGCAAUACCUGGAACUACCAUCGAAAUGCCUUGUCAAGGGGAAGGUAUCCCGAAGCCUGAGGUUAAGUGGAAAAAAGAUGGCAAAACGAUUAUUGCUUCAGCAAAACAUCGCAUAGCUCCUGGCGGUAGUUUAUACAUUAAAAAAAUCAACGAACAAGAUGCUGGCCGAUAUGAAUGCUCCGUAAUUAAUUCAAAUGGACGGGCAACAGCUUCCGGAGUUGUAACCAUCAGUCGGAGCAAUGACGUAGCGCCGGGUGACCGUUAUGUCCGUAUAGCUUACACGGAAGCAUCGCAAGAGAUAGAUAAGGCAAUAAAUCAAACAGUUGCAUCACUGUUCAGUAACAACACCAAACCGUUUCACCAUGGCGACUAUUUCAAGAUAUUCCGUUAUCCAAAUGCACCGACCCGUGAACUAGCUCGGGCCGCAGAAAUAUACGAACGCACAUUGCUAAACAUACGAAAACAUAUAGACAAAGGGGCCAGUGUUUCAGUUAAUAUGUCGGAAUUCAAUUAUAAGGACAUACUCUCCCCUGAUCAUUUGGAUCUGGUAGCACAAUUAUCUGGCUGUCAGGCGCAUCGAAUCAUUCCAAAUUGCACGAAUAUGUGCUUCCAUUUGAAAUAUCGGGCAAUCGAUGGCACUUGUAACAAUUUACAGCAUUCAAGUUGGGGAGCUUCCUUGACGGGUUUCCGUAGAAUCUUACAACCGAUCUACGAAAAUGGAUUUAGCUCACCGAUUGGAUGGACGAAGGGAAAAUUGUAUUUCGGUUUUCCAAAACCUAGUGCCAGAUUGGUAUCAACAUCAGUUAUUGCAACCAAGGUCAUUACACAGGAUGAAACUAUAACUCAUAUGGUAAUGCAGUGGGGACAGUUCCUCGACCAUGAUUUAGAUCAUGCAAUACCGUCAGUUAGUUCGGAAAGUUGGGACGGCAUUGACUGUAAGAAAUCGUGUGAAUACGCUGCACCGUGCUAUCCAAUCGAAGUGCCGGAAAAUGAUCCGCGAAUUAAAAAUCGCCGUUGCAUAGAUUUGGUGCGAUCAAGCGCCAUAUGUGGAUCCGGUAUGACGUCAGUAUUCUUUGAUGAUUUCCAGCCGAGAGAGCAAAUCAAUCAACUCACAUCCUACAUUGAUGCGUCUCAAGUUUAUGGAUACUCCGUUGCAUUUGCUCAAGAUUUAAGAAACCUAACUACGAACGACGGACUAUUACGUGUUGGUGUUAAUUUCCCGAACCAAAAGUCCAUGCUACCAUUUUCUUCACCAACAGACGGAAUCGAUUGCAGAAGGAAUAUUGAAGAGAGCAACGUUAAUUGCUUCACAGCAGGUGAUAUUCGAGUGAAUGAGCAAAUUGGAUUAACCGCGAUGCAUACAAUUUGGUUGCGUGAACAUAAUCGAGUGGCUAUCGAAUUGAAAGAUCUAAAUCGUCACUGGGAUGGAGAAACUUUGUAUCAAGAGGCAAGGAAAAUUGUCGGCGCACAAAUGCAGCACAUAACAUACACUCAUUGGCUUCCAAAUAUCCUGGGGUCGAAGGGAAUGGAGAUGCUAGGUGAAUAUAAGGGCUACGAUCCAACCGUUAACCCUUCUGUCUCAAACGAGUUUGCUACAGCAGCAUUGCGAUUUGGUCAUACGUUGAUCAAUCCUAUACUCCAUCGUUUGAAUGAAACUUUUCAACCGAUCGCCCAAGGUCAUUUACCACUGCACAAGGCAUUCUUUGCUCCAUGGCGAAUGGUGUACGAAGGCGGUGUAGAUCCAUUGCUUCGAGGAAUGUUCUCCGUUCCGGCUAAGCUGAAAAUGCCAACAGAAAACUUAAACACAGAAUUAACAGAAAAACUUUUCUUAACUGCACAUGCCGUUGCACUGGACCUAGCAGCAAUAAAUAUACAACGUUCUCGAGACCAUGGCAUUCCUGGAUACAAUGAGUACCGAAAAAUCUGUAAUUUAGCUGUUGCUGAAACAUUUGACGAUUUGAAGAAAGAAAUCUCUAGCGAUGUGGUUCGGAAUAAACUGAAAGAACUGUAUGGACACCCUGGCAACAUCGACAUAUUCGUUGGUGGUAUAUUAGAAGAUCAGAUUGAAGGAGCCAGAAUCGGUCCGUUGUUCCGUUGUAUUCUCAUUGAACAAUUUAGUCGUCUGCGUUCAGGCGAUAGACAUUGGUACGAGAAUCCCUCAGCGUUCACCCCAGAGCAACUGUCUCAAAUUAAAGUGUCGUCGUUGGGGCGAGUGUUAUGCGAUAACGGUGACAAUAUUACAAAAAUUCCCGAAAAUGUGUUCCAUCUAGCCAGCACACAGGGUGGAUAUAAAGACUGCAGUGAGAUUCCGGAAAUUAAUCUAAGCCCUUGGUUGAAUUGUAACAAAUGUUCCAGUCAUGCUGAUCCAAAUGUGCCCACAAAUGAUCCAAAUCUGCCUCGACGGAGACGUAGCAUCAAAAUGAUUUCAAACGAUACCCAGGAACAGACUGCUUUGAAUGAAUUCAAUAUUGAUUUCAACGAAAUGAGUGACGAACGAAUUGAGGGGCUGGAGCUUAUGAUUGAAAAUUUUCAGAAAACGUUAAGACAAAUGAAGAAGAAAAUGAAGAAAUUGGAGCACAGCUGUUCGAAUGAUAAAACAAAAAUGCAUGGUCACUGUUUCGACGAUGAGGGCAUCAAAAGAUUAAACUAUGAGAUUUGGUCCAAAGACGAAUGCACACAGUGUCAAUGUAAGCAUCGUCAAGUUAAUUGCAUGUCUGAAAAAUGUUCUCAGCUUUAUUGUGGACCAAAUGUGGAAGUAGUUAAGCGACACGGAGCAUGUUGUCCACACUGUGAUGUAAAUUCGGUAAACUAAACCUUUUCCAGAGGGCUAUCACAUCUGUUAGAAACAACAACUACAAAAAUGAACAAUGCGCACUGACUCAUGUUGUCUUAUACAGUAAAAUGAAUGAUUUGGUUACACUAACCAAAUCAAAGAUUUUGUAUCAAAAGAAGUAAAAGAUUCGAAAUGUGUUAGCCGCCUGUGAAAGAGUAAUUUUUCGGUCAUGUAAUUUUAAGAAUUUUAAGAUAAUGUUAACGGUCUUUUCGAUCCAAGCCUCUACUAACAAGGUGUAUCAUCUGAUAUAUGAAAAUUUUAUUCGAAUGCAAAAAAAAAUAAACAAAAUGAAACCAUAUUUAGGAUUACUAUACGAUAAAUCUUUUUUUUUCAAUUUUAUUAUAGAGUACGAUAUUAUACCUUCGUAAGUGAUGUUAUAUUCGAUUCAUAAAUAGGCUUUAGAUCACUUCAAUAAAAAUAACUGAUUACUGCCAUCAGAAUGUCG